AUGGCCGGGCACCAUGCCAGGUCGGCCCACCCACUCACAGUGCCACUCACCAGGACCAGUCAACAGUGCCACCACCACCAGGACCAGUCAACAGUGCCACUCACUCACCAGGACCAGUCAACAGUGCCACUCACCACCAGACCAGUCAACAGUGCCACUCACCACCAGGACCAGUCAACAGUGCCACUCACUCACCAGACCAGUCAACAGUGCCACUCACUCACCAGGACCAGUCAACAGUGCCACUCACUCACCAGGACCAGUCAACAGUGCCACUCACCACCAGACCAGUCAACAGUGCCACUCACUCACCAGGACCAGUCAACAGUGCCACCACCACCAGGACCAGUCAACAGUGCCACCACUCACCAGGACCAGUCAACAGUGCCACACUCACCAGGACCAGUCAACAGUGCCACUCACUCACCAGGACCAGUCAACAGUGCCACUCACCACCAGGACCAGUCAACAGUGCCACUCACGAGACCAGUCAACAGUGCCACUCACCAGGACCAGUCAACAGUGCCACCACCAGACCAGUCAUGCCACUCACCAGGACUAGUCAACAGUGCCACUCACUCACCAGGACCAGUCAACAGUGCCACUCACCAGGACCAGUCAACAGUGCCACUCACCAGGACCAGUCAACAGUGCCACUCACCAGGACUAGUCAACAGUGCCACCGGAAACUUCGCCUCCACUUGUCUGGUGGUAGACCUCGGUACCAGGGUGGAGACCCGGUACCAGGGUGGCAGACCCGGUACAGGUGGGACCCAGACCAGGGUGGCAGACCUGGUAGGUGAACCUCGGUACCAGGUGGCAGACCUCGGUACCAGGGUGGUAGACCUCGGUGGCAGGGUGGUAGACCUCGGUGGCAGGAAGUACAAUAGACACUUGGCUAUAUCACGCCGCUACCUCCUACAGUUGGCUAUAUCACGCCGCUACCUCCUACAGUUGGCUAUAUCACGCCAAGGAAGAGAGAAACGGGAGAAAGUUGAUGUGAAAGAAGAAGAGGAAAAGAAAGCAGGAGAAAGUUGUAAUAGAGAAUAG